AUGACUUUUAUUGGCGUCGAAUUUAUUACUAGUGAUCUUGAUGAAGCAUCAAUUGCUUUAGUACAUCGUUCAUGGUUAACACCACGAAAAAAAGAGGUUUGGUGGCCUCCGUAUAAAACUGGUACACAAUUUAAGAAAGCACUCAUCCUUGAAGAAAAACCAAAAGAUGAAACAUGGACAUUAUACGAUGAAUAUCAGAAAGUUAAUAAGAAACUAAAAAAGUGUGAAGAAUUUUCUGAUGUACAGUCUUCUACAGUGGAAGAUAAAGAGCAAUCAAAAAAAAGACAGCCAAAACGAAAUUCUAAAUACAUAUCUACAAGUGAAGAAGAAGAUGAUGAAAAUGACCAUUCUUUACAUCGACCACCAAAGAUUUCCACAUUUGCACAUGCGCUACAAGAUAAACAAAGAUCUUUAACACCAGUGCCAGUGUCUAUGACAUCAAAAGGCCCUCCAGAAACAGAUAAUACUAUUACUAGGAGAUUAAAGGAUAUAAAUUCUUUAAAUAGAAUCACAAUACCAUCACCAUCUUUAUCUGUUUCCACAAACAUCAGUUCUCGAUCAGAGUCUGUAAAUUCAACUCUUAUUAAUGAAUCGUAUGGAGGACCAUAUUUUCGUAGCUUUACUGAACAAAUUUUUACUGAAAUAAAAAAAGUUCGAGAACAAGUUAAAAAAAUUUAUGGAAUAUUAAGAUGA